AUGUCCCUCCGCACAAAGACGGUGCCAACGGCGUGGAUGGGUAGAACUCAUCUCACACCCACCAACACAACACUGCCAGCAGUCAUGGCGUCCGUUCCGGAAAAAGAGACGCAGGUGAAGGCGGUCCAGCUUGAGGCGCUGGUCGUCAUGAAAGUGAUCAAACACUGCGCCAGUCGCUUCCCAACCAUCGCAACCGGCUUCCUAGUCGGCAUGGACAACAGCAGUGGCACUCUCGAAGUGACCAACUCUUUCCCCUUUCCUGUCGUCGAUCUGCCGCCAGAGGCGCAAUUCGACAACCAAACUCAACACUUCAACGCUGCUGCCUCCGCUCCUCGCGCAAAGGCCAACACUGCCUACCAAGCCGAGAUGAUCCGUAUGCUACGUGAGGUCAAUGUUGACGCGAACAAUGUCGGGUGGUACACGAGCGCAAAUUUAGGCAAUUUCGUCAACGCGAACUUCAUUGAGAAUCAAUAUCACUACCAGAAAGAGUUGAAUGAGAAGACCGUGGCACUGGUACAUGAUGUCAGUCGCAGCUCUCAAGGAAUCCUGAGCAUUCGCGCCUAUCGACUGUCACCACAAUUCAUGACGGCUUACAAGGAGAACAAAUUCACCACUGACAAUCUCCUUAAGUCUGGUCUCAAAUACUCAGAUAUCCUCGUCGAAGUCCCUGUUACUGUCCACAACUCGCAUCUUGUCAAUACCUUUCUCCACCAAGUGCCCCGCAUGUUGGCCUCGGGCGUCCUAAAACCUCCCAGCUCUGUUGACGAGAUUGAGAAUAACCCCGUUGUCAAGAACGACACCCUGGCACCAUCCUUCGAUUCACUGUCAAUCUCUAUUGACCCUUACCUCUCUCAAACCUGCGACAACCUUCUUGACAGUAUCGAGACCCACCAUGUUGAAGCCAACAACUUCUCUUACUAUUCCCGCGCUCUGGCCCGCGAGCAGGCUAAGAUCCAGCAGUGGCAGCAGAAGCGUAAGGCAGAGAAUGCGGCGAGGGCACUAUCGAAGCAGCCACCGCUGCCAGAGGAUGAGUGGCAGAAAUUGUUCAAGUUGCCUACCGAGCCGAGCCGCUUGGAAAGCAUGUUGAAUAGUCGGCAGGUUGAGCAGUACGCCAGACAGGUCGAUGGCUUUGUUGCAGGUACCACAGGGAAGAUGUUUGCUGUCAGAGGAAAUCUGUUGCCUGGCGACGGUACCGAGAACAGCUCACCGCGGAACGAAUAA